AUGCGAGUAUGUAUUGUCGGCGGUGGAGGUUACUUGGGAUGUCAGCUUGCUAGCCGUCUACAGUCACAAGGGGCUCACACCGUACUGCUGGACAUUGUCUUUCCAGUGCAUCCAAAUAUUGUGCUCGACGAAAAGUUAACAACCAGAAUACAGGGCUCAUUACUAAACGAGAAGAUCGUCGAAGAGGCGCUAAACGCUUGUGAAUCAUGCUUUCAUCUAGCAGCCUAUGGGAUGUCUGGUCUGCAGGCAUAUGUGUCCGAUUACUGUGCGUCGAAAGCUCGAGCGGAGAGAGCAGUCUUGGCUGCGGAUUGUCCUGCCCUUCAUACUUGCGCGCUUCGGCUAAGAGGAGUAUAUGGACCGGGCGAACCAAGAAGCACGGAUCGAGCCGCGGUAAGAAUUUGA